AUGAAGUUUGACAACUCUCUGGCUUACGCGGCCGUGGCCCUCCUGGCUGGUGGUCAAGUCGCAUAUACCAUCUCUCUAGAUUUGACAUCUCCGGAUUCGAUCAAGGAAGCGGCGAGCACGAUUGCAUACGACCUGAUGAGCUAUUAUACGGGAAAUAAUACUGGAGAUGUGCCGGGGUGCCUUCCAGAGCCGUAUUACUGGUGGGAGGCAGGGGCUCUGUUUGGGGCCAUGAUUGACUAUUGGCAUUACACAGGAGAUACAACAUACAACGAUGUGACAUCUGAAGCUCUCCUCUUCCAAGUGGGCCCGUACCAAGAUUAUAUGCCACCGAAUCAGACAAAAACCGAAGGAAACGAUGACCAAAGCUUCUGGGCGUUGGCGGUUAUGUCUGCCGCCGAGACUAACUUUCAGGACCCUCCAGAGUCGCAACCACAAUGGCUUGCUCUUGCACAAGCUGUUUUCAACAUGCAAGCUGCCCGCUGGGACCACACCAGCUGCGGAGGGGGCCUCCGAUGGCAAAUAUUCCCGUUCAACACUGGUUACGAUUAUAAGAAUUCUGUUACUAAUGGAUGUUUCUUUAACCUCGGCGCUAGGCUUGCAAAAUACACAGGCAACGAUACCUACGCCCGAUGGGCGGAAAGAACCUGGGACUGGAUGACCGCUAUCGGGCUUCUGGACCAUAACUACUAUGUGUAUGAUGGAUCCAACGAUGACACAAAUUGUACGCAAAUCAACCGUAUCCCAUGGACAUACAACGCGGGAGCCCUCCUUCUAGGUGCUGCAAACAUGUACAAUUAUACAAAUGGUUCUGAUAUCUGGGGUGGACGAGUAUGGGGACUCCUGAAAAGUACUGAAAUAUUCUUCUCAGACGGAAUCAUGCAAGAAGUAUCAUGCGAACCGAGCGACCUGUGCAACGUGGAUCAACUAUCAUUCAAAGCAUAUCUCUCCCGUUGGAUGGCUGCUACGAUUAAAAUGGCCCCCUUUACAUAUGAGACCGUGAUGGCAUAUCUUAGACCCAGCGCAGCAGCGGCCGCGCAGCAAUGCUCUGGGGGCAAAAACGGUAGAAUGUGUGGUCUCAAGUGGACAGAUGGGUCUACAUGGGAUGGCAGUUCUGGUGUUGGCCAGCAAAUGGCAGCGUUGGAGAUCAUUCAGAGUAAUCUAGUUGAGCGGGUUGCAGGCCCAGUCACCAACACAACAGGUGGAACGAGUGCGGGGAAUGCCUCUGCAGGCACUAAACCGGACGACACGAAUAUUAUUACACCAGCAACGACUGGAGAUAAAUUCGGAGCUGCGUGUGUGACGACUCUGGUAGUAGUAAUGUUUGUUGGAUCUUUGUACUGGAUUAUUGUAUAGCUGAUUGGGAUCUCAUCUAAUGAGACUGUUACGUUGGGAUGACAGUUAUGAUUUAACGGAGGCUUGGAAAGGAGAGAUAUCUUCGAUCUAAUGGACUGAUAUAACGAUUGAUAGAAAUUGG